GGUGUUGGGGCAGCCGCCUUACGUCUCCUUAAUGGGAAGGCUUUGAAAAAAAAAAACCACUGACAACAGCGCAGCGGGCGAGAGAGUCGCGCAAAACGGAGGAACACUUUUAGUGUGCGACUUCUUCACGCUUCCUUCCUCCACCUGUAUGGAUGCGCCAAAACAACAGUGACUGAGUUAUGGACAGCUCUGUGGAGACUUCCCGGCCGACGCUGGGGCCCAAACCUCGCCUCGCUCCCAAGCCCUUCUCUCUGCAGAAGGGCAGCGCCAUACGCUCCAUCAACGCCCCGAGGGCCUUCGCCCCGUCGUCUAAACCCACCACUGCCCCGCCCGGAAGCGUUGAGACCCCAAGUGUCCCCAAGGGACCGCUGCCGGGUCCGGUUCCGGCCCCCGCCGCUGGGUCCAAGCCCAGUUCAAGUGUGCGCACGGCUCAGACGCCUCCUCAACAAACCGCUGCUGCCGCAGGAGGACACGUCGAGGAUGAGCCACAAACAGGCCGUGAGACUGAGGAAGGUGAAAGCAGAGCGGGUCUGUGUGAUUCUGCUCGGCUGAGAACAGAUCCAGUCCUUCAAACCCCCGCCCAGAAACCCCCACCAACCACCACUACCGAGGACCGCAGUCCUGUAAGUGUCAUCACAGAUGAACCCAAAGCACCUUCACCCGCAGCCAUUCAAACACCACCACCACCAAAGGAGUCGGCGUCCAGUGCAGCAUCGAAGGAGGACGUCACCCAGACAAACCACAAAGCGGCGCCUGAGAGCGACGCGCAGCAAAAAGAUGCAAAAAAUGAGGAAGAUGAAGCUUCUGCCCGAAAGCCGGAGGAAUCCGGGAGUGUGGGUCCGUCCGCGGGGAACCCGGCGUACCAGUGGGGCGGCGCCAGGAGGCGUCUGUCCUCCAAGCUCACCUCCAGGUUCGAGUCCGGCGGGCCGCCCGCGGGCCCCCGGCCCACCGCAGCCGCCCCCGCCGCCAAGAGGCCGGCGGCCCCCGCUCCGGAGCCGGGCCCGGCGGCGGCAGAACCCGCCAGAGGGGGCGCCGGCGGGGAGGAGCUGGUCGAUUACAGCGGAGGAGACAGCAUAAAACGCAGGAUCAGUCAGCUGUUCGACGCGUCGCUGAGGCCGGAGGCGGCGACGAAGAAGGAGGAGCCGGACCUCAAAGCCCGCAGUGCGGGUGUGAAGGAGCGCAUCAAGAACUGGGUCACGGACGCGGGCGCCGAGGACCCGAAGCCGCAGGCGGCUCCGCGAGCACGAUCCAGGAGUUUUGACUCACCAGCUUCUCCAGCGGGAGACGCCGCACCCAAAAGGCCUCACGUCCAGCCUCCCUCUGCACCGUCCACACAGGCCGCCGCUCCGUCCACCGAGGACCCACCUGAAGAACCCGCCGUGGAACCCACGGUGGAACUCACGGUGGAACCCGCUGUGGAACCAUCGGACGGAGAAGCUGUGGACGAACCUCAUGACAGGGCAGCAGAUCUGCCAGUGGAGCAGGAGCGGAAGGAGCCGGUGGGAGCUGAGGUCAGGCUGCGUCGGCCUCCGGCUGCUGUGGACGAGGGUCAAAGCCCUCAGCUCGCUCUGAAGAGGAACAACCCCAAACGCCGCUCUGUUCGCUUCGGUAUCGUGGAGACGGACGACGGCGCGCCGCCGCUCAUCCUGGGCUCGCCGUCCGACUCCAGCUCAGAAGAAGAAGAUCCCUCUGAGGACAAGAAGAAGGACGAGGAGAGGCGAAAAAAGGAGGAGGAGCAUGAAAAACGAGUAGAAUUAGAGAAAAGGCUAAAAGAAGAAGAGGACAAGCAGAGACUCCAGUUAGAGGAAGAGAGGAGUAAACGAGAAGAUGAAGCGAGGGAGAAGGAAAAACAGAGAGAGGAGGAGAGGGAGAAACAGAGGCAGAAGGAGCAGGAGGUGCAGAGGCAGAAGGAGGAGGAGCAGGAGAGGCAAAGAUUAAAAGAGGAGGAACAGAAAAAGCAGAUGGAAAAACUGAAGGCGGACAAAGAAAGAGAAGCGGAGCAGAUGCGGCGGAAAGAGGAGGAGCGAGCGAGGCAGAUGGAGGAGAGGCUCAGAUCAGAGGAGAUGGAGAGAGUGAGAAAGGAGGCCGAGGAACGCGAGAGGGAGAAGCAGAGGAGGCUGGAAGAGGAGGAGAAGAUGAGGGCCAGACAGGAGGAGGAGGAGGAGAGAAUCAGAAGAGCGGAGCUAGAGAUCAGAAUGCAGCGGGAAAGAGAGGAGGAGAAGGAGAGGAUGAGGCAGGAGAAACAAAGAGAGGAGGAGAAGGAGAGGAUGAGGCAGGAGAAACAAAGAGAGGAGGAGAAGGAGAGGAUGAGGCAGGAGAAACAAAGAGAGGAGGAGAAGGAGAGGAUGAGGCAGGAGAAACAAAGAGAGGAGGAAAGGAGGAAACAGCUGGAGAAAGAACGGGUGGAGGAGCUGGAGAGAAGGAGGUUAAAGGAGCUGGAAGAAAAGCUGAGGAUGGAGGAGGCGAAGACCAGAGAGAAGGAGGCGUCCGAUUUAAUCAGUUUGGACUGUGAAGCUGUUCCUCAGAAGCCAGAACCACUAGUGUCCUCGGUACCGAAGGCCCUGGAGCCCUCAGAGAAUGCAGCAGAUCAGGUCAUUUACGACGACUUCUCGGUCAAAAAGCCCCAGAUCGACGUGGACUUCGAGGACUUCUCAGUCAAACCGCGGCGUUGGGGCUCCCAGGCCAAGGCGGAGAAGGCUCCGGUCCGGAGCUGGAGAACCGAGCCGGUGGAGGAGCGCGUGGUGGCGCCGGUGGACGAACACCGUCAGGAAAGCGAAGCGCCGGAGAGGGUGGUGGAACCGGACCGACCAGAACCCACGGCAGCCGUGGAGCGUUCGGAGGAGGAAGAGGAGGAGGAGGAGGAGCAGGAGGAGGAACGGCCCGACUCUGUGGAGCCGGAGGAGGAAGAGGAGGAGGAGACGCACAGCGCGGACGAGGAGGACUCCACGGACGCAGAGUCCGAGGACGGAGAGGAACAAGUUAACAGUUAUUGUGUAAACCCAGAGGACAGCGACACUGAUGCUCUGAUAGACACGAGUCCAGAUCAGCAGAAUGGCUUCUGUGAUCCAACGACCCAACCAGACAGUCCAAUGUCUGUCCCUGAGGACGUUCCUGACGUCUCACCUGACGAUGUAGAUCGCACCGAUUCCAGCCCACAGCCAGACCUUGUUCCGUUCCCUGAGAGUUCCGCUCCCCUCCUCGACACCAGCGCACAGAGGUCCAAGGUGGCGCUGAGGAAGAGUCAGAUUCGCCGGGCGCCGUCGCGCUCUCUGCGUCUGGCCCAGACAGAGAGCCAGAGCUGGAGGGUCCCUGACUCCGCAGACGAACAAAACGGAUCCACCAAGCAAGAAGAUUCAGAGCCACAGGGGAAACAGCCAAAAUUGCAUAAAGCCAGUUCUCCCUCGACUGCUCUGAAUCCUGCAGCUCAGCUCAUUGCUCAGCUGAAAAGGAGAACGUCUGGAGGAGGCGCUGGGAAAAAAGAGGCUAAAGAAGAAGUCAAGCAAAGGGAAGAGAACGCGGGUCAGCGGGAGGAAGCGGCGCCCACGCCGGUUCCCCGCGCUCCCCGUAAAUCCGCCCAACUUGCAGGAGCUGCUCUGGUCCUACCACCUUUAGGCGCCUCAGAUGGAGGGGCUGUCUCCUCUCCUGCCUGGCUGAAAGAACUGAAGUCUAAGAAGCGCCUAAGUCAGCAUGACAGUGAGACGUAACCACGUGCAGGAAACACCGUGCCGUCGCUGGCUGCUGAGAGACGCCUCGCCAUGAUUGCUCCAUUUUGCACCGUGCCUUAUUUUGGAUUUUCACUGAAUUAUGCAGGAGGGGAAAGUCAAUGUCCCAGAUACUACAAAGGCCAUUAACAAUGUGUAAAGGUAAAAUGGUACCAAGGCUAUGUGGCAACUAUUGUACAGAGACUCAAAGGAGAGUAAAUAGCCCUUCAUGUCCUGAGUGUGUCCAUCAUAUACUAGCAGGAACAGAUAACACUAGGCGUCACCUGUCACAGUGUAUGUGCAGGAACUACUGAGUAGUAGGAAUAUCUCACCUUAGUCUAAACAAAGUACAAAGUGCCUCUAACCUUAUUUUACGAAUCGCAGGUUGUCUCAAGAAAACUGUCUAGCACUUUAUGGAAGAUAAGGAAUUACCGUCAAAGCAAAAGAAUAAACAAGUGCGUACCUGUAGUAAUGUGGUCAAGGCGUUUUUGUUUUUUUGUUUUUUUUUUCAGGAAUGUUUGUGUGGUUAUCAAAGGAAGGAAAAAGAUAGGAUGUGGAAAGAUGAUUUAUAAUGUCAGACAAAUCCAUCCACCUGCUUGAGGUUGUUUCUUGUUAUCGUUGAAUGCGUUUCUUCAGUGCUGUAAUCAUAAAGGAUCAAUAUACUGUAUGAUAGGAGGAAAUUGAUGAAAUUUUAUUAAAACAUUUUGUAUGAACGCA